AUGAACGGGUACCCAAACUGCUCUGUCAACCAUACUAAAAUCUGGAGUCCACAAUUAGUACUUGCACUGGGCAUCCCUCAGCUGACUAUUAACAUAAUAUCCAUGAUCUCCAACUGCACCGUCAUCUUCACCAUAAUGGCUACCAAGGAUCUGCACAAGCCUAUCCUUGUACUCUUCUGCAAUUUGGCUUUUUCUGAUCUCUUCACCAGCUCUUCUGGCUUCUGGAUUUCAUUGCUCUUCAUCACCAACCCUGACAGUACGAUCUUUGGAUCCAAGGAUAUGCUUGCACCUUAUGCCUUUUAUACUAUAUCUAUUUUAUCUACUAUUUAUAACUUGGUAAGCAUUGGAAUUGAACGCUACCUGGCUGUAGCCGAAAGCAUCAGAACAAGAUUCAGGGUUUCUAGAAAGCAUUCGUUAGCUGCUGUUUUAAUUAACUGGACCCUUGCCUUCUUUUUCGGCUGCUUGCCAUUGAUAGGGUGGAACUGCUUGCAUAGGGAAAAUCGUCUCUCCAUCCUCUACAGUCCCCUUUGUGUUGACUACCUCAUCUUUACCACCAUUCCUAAUUGUGUGGUGGCCUUUAUUGUGCCUCUGUUCACCUACCUCAGCAUCAUUAUCAUCCUGAGGAAAAGAAAGUUCAAAAUGAAGGCAUGUGGACAAGCUACCGGCACCUACAAAUCAGCUGAGAUCCAAGUCGCCAGAACUAGCGUUUCCAUUUGGCUCCUGGCAUUGAUCUCCUACGCUCCUUUCUUUGCAGGAGUCCUGUUCGAUGCAACUAACCACCAGUGCCCCCUUGAACUCUACCCAAGCACCAACAUCUUUCGGAAUUGCAAGGCUAUGUUGGUAACCAUCAACUGUUUGGGAAACCCCGUAAUAUACACGCUGAAGAUGAAAGAACUGAGGGCCAAACUCAAGGUUCUGAGGUGCCCUUCCGGCAACCGCAUGCACGCCUGCACCGUGAAGAGCAUCUAG